CGUAAUAAACAUUAGUAGCAUCUUUUUCGACUUAGUAUGCAUAAUCUUAUUUUUCCAUUACAUGAAUGGCUGGGCAGUUGCUUUCUCCAUAAUAAAUUUGCUUGUACGCCCGGUGAGCGUUAUUUUACUGUACCGUGAAUUCAAUUCACGCGGAGGCAGCAUGCAAACUGGUUCAGUGUUCCCUACAACACAACAAAGAAGCUAUCAAGAUAUUGACAGACCAGCACAAUCGACACCCACCAAUGCGCAGCCUGGUCCAAACGUUGCUAGUAUCUUCUAGAAGUACUAAGAAGUCAAUGCAACGUUUAAUUUAGUUUUUUUUUUUGUUAAUUUUAAUUAUAUACGUUAUCCUUCCAAUUUACUCGAAAGACAAUGUUUAUUAAAAUAUUAAAAAAAAUUAUACUCUUAUUUUACAGUAUUUGGGCUAUUAAAUUUAUUUUUAGAAGUUCAAUGGAUGAAAUGUCUUUUGUAUUUUGUGUUUUUUUUAUACAACAAUGAACAAAAUAAUUUAAUUUAUAUAUGCCUUAAAAUAACAAUAAGACAAAUGAUGUACUUGCAUUUUGCUAUUAAAUAUAAACAAAAAACAAAAUUUUUGUAAUUGAAUUUAGGAGUAUACAUAUAUGUUUAAAGAAUAUUAUAAAUUAUGUUAAUCUCUUUUUAUAUGUAUAAACUAAUUGUUAAUUAUUUAAAUUACCUUUCGUAUAUUUUUUAGCAUUUCGGUAUAAGAGAUUGAAAUCUAUUCAAAUUGUUAAUCAUAUAUAUGUAAAAGGAAAAAUCAUACCAUCUAUUGUAAUCUGUGCAAUCAAAUAUUUAACCUACUAAAAAUAUAUAUAAACUAAACA